AUUUUGAAUAUGGAGAACCUAGGAUGGAAAUAGAAAAAAAAAAAAGUAACUGUGCAGCAAUUGUGGUUAAUGAUAAAAAUAUGAAAUUUUUGGAUAUGUACAGUAUCUGAAAAUUGUGGAUUAAGGCUUUUUUCGGGCUAAAAAAUGGGGCGAAGGAAGGUAGAAAUUAAGCGAAUCCAAGAUAAAAACUGUAGGCAAGUUGCUUUCUGUAAACGGAGAAAAGGUUUAUUGAAGAAAGCUAAAGAACUCUCCAUUCUCUGCGAUGUCGAUGUUGCUGUUCUUAUCAUCUCCCAUCGUGGCAGGCUCCAUGAAUAUUCCAGCAAUAACAGUCUGACAGAAAUACUUCAACGAUAUGAAAGCCACGUCGAGGCAGAAAAAGAGAUCUGUGCAGAAAUACAGAACACCUCACACUCUAUAUACUCAGGGUUCACAACAAUGGGAGAACUGCUACAAACAACAGAAAGGCAACUCGAGGAAACUAAUGAUGAUGAUCUUACUGUGACUGACCUUAUCCAUUUGGAGAACGAACUUCAAACUGCUCUAAUACAUGUCAGAUCUAGAAAGACACAUUUGAUGCUUGAAUCUGCUAAGGAUCUUCAUGAGAAGGAAAAAGUGCUGCAAGAGGAAAAGAAACAUUUGGAGGACAAUGUAAAUAUUAAUCUCCUCUUCAAUUCUGGUAAUCACAAAUUAGACCUGUUUCAUGUUUUUCUAUCUAACAAUAACAAUAUGCAUUAUGCCCAUACAGAUCGCUACUAUGAAGAAAAAUAGACAAGUA